UGGUGUCCCGCCAUCACUAGGCGUCAGAAAUCUCUCGCAUGACGACAGGGGAGUAGAUUUUAGACCGCACGACGAGGACGAAGAGCAGGACCGAGAUCAGGAUGGAAGUCCAGUAGAUAUCAAAGUCAGAACUCUAUCCUCAGAAGUUCCCCUCUCUCCUCCCGAAGAGCUAAACGAAGAUGGGGACGUGGGUUCUGGAGGAGGAGCUACACUAAAUGCCGCAGGAGAACAAGCUUCAUCAUCUUCGACGAUGAACACUUCUUCCAGCACCUCGUCCGAUUCUAACGUAGACCAAAUAAUCAUCACCGCCCUUGGCGGAGGCAGCCUACCCUCACAACAAGAGCAGGGACCUACUAGAUUAAGAGGUCAGAGUAGGAGUCCAAGCAACAUCAAUGCCAGCACAUCUUCAUCUAGCAGGUCUGCAGGUUCAAGAGAACGAGCAAAUACAGCAGGAGGCGAACAAAAUCAUGGGGGAUCCUCAUCUACUUCAAGUUCAUCUGUCAUUCUCGACGGUCUACCAUCUCACUAUAUGGACGGCCUAGGAGACUACAGUUUUCGGUGUAAAUUGUACGAGUUCGAUGCGGAUGACAACACUGGUAGACAGGAAUGGAAAGAUCUAGGUACAGGAUACGUUUUUGCGGAUCUGAGGGAAGCGAAAAGACGCCCAUUUUUUAGAAGACAAAACAACGCACCCGAAGGAGGAGGCCCGCCUCCAUGUUCACGUGGUGUUUUGCAAGUCCACUCCGACACGUUGCCCCCGAGACUGAUCAAGGAAUUUCUGAUAUUGCCGCCAGCUAGCUACAUUUUGCAAGGAGACCAGAGCAGCAACGCCAGUGACGACGAACAGAGUUUAUGGCUUGUUGAGUCGAUAUUUUUGAUGUUGGUGGCUUCAUUUUCAUUAGCAUUAUACAUACUUCUCAGUCGUGAUGUUUAGAUAACCUUAGCAGAUCAGGAUUAAUAUUUAGUUCCCUCUAGAAUCUAGAUCACCUCUACUAGAUGGCCACCAGUGCUCCUCGGUUGGAAAUGAAAUGGACCAAAUCUUCUCUGAAUAGAAGACGCAACGUACUCGAAAACUGAAAAUAACCGAGUUACUGACUGAAAUAAGGAAGGUAGCUUUGACAGGGCUACUCUUCCUUCUCAUCAGUAUCUCGCUUAUUUUCAGUAGUUACUCGCUUAUUUCAGUUUUUCGAAUAGCUCAACUCAACAGAUAGCUUACUCCCCUCACCAGAUAAUUAGCUCUAAUCUGACAAGGUAGCGUCUCCUCCAGCAAGGACACGAUUAUAGUGUGGGAAGAUUUUCACACUGGUUACGACUACGCGCUUUCGUUGGAGAAGGCCACAGACGCUGCACCCUUGUAUGAGGCAUUGAACAAUCAAAAUUGGCAGAGUCCUAGCAUGUGCAUUGGGAAUCCGAUAGGUAUCUUCAUGAUCAUAAUUCUCGUCACUAUUUUUUUCCUCUAUAACAUAAUAUUUGGUUUCGGAUGAUCCUUUGGCGCCUAGAAUAGAUGGAUUGGCGCCUAGAAGAAAUGGAUCCUAAACUAGAUGGCCACUUUUUUGUUAGUCCUAAUGCAUCUCAGCACGAUCUGGGUAGAGUGGGCAAUAGCACCACAAUAUCCUAUCCUAUCUUUACCUUUUUGAAUCUUUCCUACUUGGGUUGAUGGCUCCACCAUUGUUUAUUAAUUUGGUUUCGGUUUCCUCCAGGCAAGCUGUGCAUCCUCCUGUGUUAAAAAACUAUCAUUCCUCGCUCCAAUAGGAGGUACUCAUUUACUGGAUGACCUCACAGGUAGACAUGCACAGCUACAAACAAGGUUCCAUGACAUGACAUCUGCUCUAUUCUACCAUCAAUGGCUAACCCAAUGUCCACGACCAGGCAACAUCUCCAGUCUCCCCCACGAUAGACGGAUGCAACUCCAGCACGCGCUGCAAAAGCCACGACGUAAGGUUUUGCCGGAUAAGCUAGACGACGACUCAUUAGAAGUGGCGUCUCAGGUGAUUGCAACCUUGGCCACGAACUUCAUAUCCAGACAACAGCUCGCGGGGAAGCUAAAUGCCCAAGGAGGGUUGAAUGUUUUUAUGAUUUAUACGCAAAGUAAUUGUUUGUAAUAUUAUGCAGUUAGCAGGACACUUUAGGAUACUUGUUGAUAUUUACCCUUUUCUCUUUAUAUCUUCCUCUGGUCUGUCUUUUUUCUAGUUAGGUCGGCUCCACCACAAAUAUUAUGCAUCUACAUACAAUUCUUUUUUCUUUUCAUAGUUAGGUAGUUGGCUCCACCCAUAUUAUGCACUAGUAGAUGAUGAAGUACUUAGAUGUAUUAUUUCUAAAUCACUUCCAUGUUGAUGAAGAUGUAUUAGUAUAUAGUUCUAAAUCACUUCCAUUUCGUCCACGGUCUUGUACUAUUGAACAACUCAACAAACUUGUCAGUUGUAAGCAUCUUCUCAUGUUGGAACAAUCAUUUACAUGAUUUUUGCAAUCAACCUCAGUACUUCUAAAGUGUUGAUUAUGUUGACAACGCGGCGUUGAUGUGCGUAGUGCACGUAGUUGCAGCACUACUAGUAGCUUUCAUCGAUCGUUCUCUCUCUAAUCUGCGUCCCCAAGUUCUAGAGAUUGGCGGAAUCACGGUGAACAAUCGAAGACUGUGCAGUCAGGAGUGUGGUGAAACCUCUUGGUUUGCUGACCUCCACCAAAUGGCCGCUGAAGCGGAAGAGCUAGAAUUGGAGGAGCAGAAGUCCUCUGGCACGACGUUGUCCGCCAACUCGUCCCCACAAAAGCAAAAGAAUCCGCCUCCGACCAAUGCUAUUACUAUGAAACCAAAAUCUGUUAUCAUUAUCGUACUUUUCCACUUAAGAAACUUGAUAAUGAUAACAGAUUUUCUUUUCAUAAUUACCGGCGAACUGAUUCUCACUCCUUCGGAGCACAAGAAACGACUCCUGUUCGAAAUCGUCAGGAAUAUGUUCACUCUAGCCGACCAGAACCUGGUCAAAGCGAUGUUGGAUGCGAAGCAUUGGGAAACUAUCCUUUGGAUUAUGGAGUGGGACCCCGGUCUGUCCAGAAAGGUGAAUCAUCGCCAAGUUCUGAAGCGGGUCGUGCGCUAUAGACGAGUCGUAAAUUUUGCGAACGACGAAACACUCAAGUUGAUCGAUUUGAACUUCAGAGUGCAGUACAUAAGGGACGUCGCGAUGGCCAGAUUGUUGGAUGAUGUGGUAUUCUUUGAUUUUUUGUACUCUACCCCAAGAUUGGGUACACUACUACUACUGUACUAGCCUGUUGUAAGAGCGAACAUCCACCCAAAAGCGGAACCUUCAACAUUCAGCUAAAUCCAUCAACAGAACCAGCUAAUUCGGCUAAAUAAAGGGCCUGCGGCCGCUUGAUGCCUAUCUUUGAUGUAGCCUGAAGAGCUAGUACCUAUAAUUCAUCUUACCCAGCAGGGGUGGUCCGUUUGUUUCAUGUACUUCUUCGCUGAAAAAGGAAUUGACUAAGCAGGAACAACAGUGCUAAAAACGACGGUUCUUCUAGUAUUCGAGGUCACGACUUCUGUUUAUGUUGAUCCUCGCGAGAAAGCAUAAAAACCUUGUUACUACCUCUCGCCUCCACCAUCACAACUUUUAACGGAAAAAUCCACAAGAAGCAUAACCUUGUUACUACCUCUCGUCUCCACCAUCACAACUUUUAACGGAAAAAUCCACAAGCAUAACCUUGUUACAACUACCUCUCGUCUCCACCAUCACAUCAACUUUUACUACAACAGAACACCAACGUCCUGAAUCACAUCGUGGGUCAGAACCUCACGUCCUUAAUCGAGUGCAUUCAAGAAGGCAAAGGCGUGCUUCGCGCGCUUUUUGACCAACUCGAUAACAAGGACUGGCUAGCUCUGGACUUUGUUGCCGAAUCACUGCGAACUCUGCGCUAUCAAAAUAUUGGAGUCUUUCACUCCGAGAAGGAUAGGCUUUACUUAUGAAGUAGAAGGUGCUUCACUUGUGAAAUUAUCACACACGACUUAGUAUAGAAGAAGAAUCAUAGUUCAUCUUUUAACAUUCAGAAUGUCGUUUUUUUCAUUUUGGUUCUUUUGGUUUUUGUAGACUAGUAGAAUGAAGAAGUAGAGGAUGACGAGGAAGUCUUCUAGCAUUGAGCUCACUUGUCCUCAGUCGAUUUACCCUUGAAGAUGUGAAUAGGUUUUCGUUGUACUCCUCGGAAAGAACUUGAAGGAACUUGAAACUUGUUGUACAAAUUCAUUAUAUUAGAGUAGUUUAUAGAACGGUGGAUGUAGGAUGGACUUGGAUGGAUCGGAUGGACCCCCCUGAUUCUUCCGAUCCUACUUGAAAUGGUGGAAAGUCCAUCCGAUCCAUCCGAUCCAUCCCAUCCCGGAUCUGCCACCCCUAUAAACUACGCUAUUAUAUUUAUAUACAACUAGCUAGUAGAACUUCAUCUGGAGAACAACUUCUACACCUUCGCCUCAACACCGUCUUCUAAUCGGCACUUGCUACGAAAGAGAGCGGCUUUUUAAGUACCUUCUGCCCUUUAUCGUGGAGCCGGACACGCCUGAGACCUCGGAUAUUCAGCACCUUCCGGAUGAUCUCGAGGAAGAUGACGUGAAUGACCUGGUAGACGAUUUCCCAGUCCGAAGAACGCCACAUCCUACUACAAGGACAGUGGCGCUGGACAUCCUGCAGCUCUACGCAUUUCACAAUCCGAGCUUGUUGAGGAACGUACUGAUAAUUUUUGGUGUUGCAGCUUCUUCUAGAACACCUUGUGAUUGUUGUUGAGCAGAUUGAUGUAGUAUUAUUUGUAAGGUUCGUUCGAAAAAGCAUCUUCUAGAAGCAGAGGAAGAUGAUAACCAAAUUUACUAUUUUGCAUCCGUGCUACAAAUAAGACUGCAAGGUUUUCAAUCAUGACGAAUGUGACAAUUAUGACAAACCCAUAGAACAACAACAAGCUUCACCAAAUCCAAACACUACGCAUUUCUUGCUUAAUAAUGCAACAGUACGCUAUCUCGAAUCCUGACUGGCUGAAGAAGGUUGCUUCAAUUCUCUUAGUCGAGAGUGAUCAGCCAACGCAAAGUCUAGUAUCGGAGGUCUUGCGGUGGACUCUAGACUUCGACGCUGCGCAUAACCCUCAGCUUUUCAUGAUGUUACAAGCGGAAAGCUCGCAUUUGAGUACUAACAGCAUACCAGUUUUGUGGUGCUUUAGUUCCUCUGUAAAUUAUGUAGACUGCUCGUAGUUUUUAUGCAUUGUUCUUUCUGCUUCAAUAAAGCAUAUAUUAUGAUCUCCAUCUCUACAAAAAUUACAUCUUGAUCUUGUUCUGUCUUGUUUUCAACGACAACCAAACAAGGUUGUAUUUGUAACAAGCUUCGCCCUUAUAAUAUCUUUUUCUUCGUCCGCACUCUCUUUUUCUCCACCCACUUCAGCCGGCAUACAGAAGAUUGGGGUAUCUGAGCGAGAAGGCUUCCUAGAGAUUGUCUGGGAGCGACAGCACGGCGUUAUGCUGCCUCUCGUAACAGCACUGCGCGACGCUACUAUGUUUGACCCGGGGAUGACUGGUACUCACCGUUUUUAUUCAGCACCACGAUUCUGUCUCUCUCUACUCGUACUGCUUCAAGUGCGAGGCUGUUUUAGAUCAUUCCACCAUCAAUUAUCACACACUACAACUUACUACCACCUGAUUGUAGGAGUACUUCUUCUUGUUCCACCAUUUGUUCCACCAUGAUCACACUAAUCUCUCCCACAACCGCCAACUCAGACGAAGCCAAGAAUUUCGCUCGGCAGUGCAUCCUCGAUAUCCUGGCCACUGGCGUGCAGAAGUCCUCAUGUGGACAGGGCAAAUCCAAACACGAUCUCUACCAUGUAGUGGUAUUUCUGGUUACUACACAAGCAGUAGAAAAAGCAGCAAAACUCCUCAAUGUGCCAUGCAAAUUCUUGCAUAUCACGGUCAUAAAAUUCAUACGCACCGCCAUCGAAAAAAAGAACGACCAGCUGAUCAGGUAUCAGUACAGUUUUGGGUUUUUUUUUCUGAACUGUAACAAACUGUUUUUAGUUUUUGUUUUAUUUUGGAAAAGGAAAAAAGAUUAAAUCACAUUUAAUAAGUUAUAGAUUUUUUACUCCGUGAAUUUUUUUAUUCUUAUCUAGAAUCCUAUGAAGCACGGUAAUAUUAGACUUUCGUGGAAAUGCAAGUUUACUAAGACUAUUUCUAGAUCAGAAAUACACUACAUCGUCAUAUUCCCAAAAAAAAAUACCAGAUGCAGUUGAAAUGAAUAGUGGAACACCAGAAAUUGAAUUUCCAUAAAACGGAAUGAAACGAAUAGUGGGACACCAGAAAUUGAAUUUCAAUAAAACGGAAUAAAAUCAAAAAUUUUGAUUUUUCAAGCUUGAAUUUCAAAAUUUAUAGUUUGGACUUCAAUUUGAAACUCAAAAAUUUUGAUUUUAUUCUAUUUCAAAACAAUUUAAUCAUGAUUUAUCCAAGAUAAGAUCGUUUUUGUUCACUUGCGUCCUUAGACCCUUGUUAUGUCUGGCGAAAAUAAUUUUCAGGGCCAUCAUGAAAACCCCAGACACUGUUUUCGGACCGGUUUUUCGAAUCCUGAAAGAGCAGCUGGCACCUCUACAGAAGCAGAAUCGCAUGACAGGGAACUCGGUAUGUCAACAUCAUGUGAGAUUUUUCAGUAAGUGCAAAGUGCUUGUUGUUCUUGUGCUACUAGUCCAACGAGGAGACUACGAUCUUCGUGGUCCUCGACUAUGUUGAACAAAUGGUCCUUGUAAUUCUAAUUUUCCUGUCCUUGUAAUUGCUUUUCCUGUGUCUUCAGGCUGAAGACACACCAAAAAUAUCUUCCCGAAUUGACCGCAAUCCUAAAUCCACUGCAGCUUCUUUCCGCCAUUCUCGCCUUGCUGUCGCAAAUAUCGGACCCGUCAAGUAAUAGCAGUCAAAGCAUUCGCGAGCUAGUGAAGUUUAUCUUUGCCCAUUUUAUGGACGUUUUCACAGAACCUUUUUGUAAUACGGAAAACCCAGCAGCUGGAUGCGGGAUUUACAGCUCCUUCUCUGCCAAUGGUGCCGGCAGAGAUUACACCCCAAGGAACCCAUUGGAGCUGGGUGUGUUGACGAAGCUGUUCUGGAGCUGGAAGGCGAUACUGAAAGCGGAAGAAGAUAAAGUGAAGCAGGAAAAGUACAACUCUAGAUUUGAUAUUUUGAUUUUUUGUAGAGUCCUCACAUCGAUUAAGCUGCUCUGAAUACGAGGACCUCUUGCUCGCUAACAAGAACAGCAUAUUUUUAUCACGGUUUGUUCAACAAACCUCCAUGGUUGUUCCGACAAUACGAAAAAACUGAGAUGAACUAACAGCGCAUAAGCUUAAUCAAAAUACCGAACUUACUAAAAACUACAGGGAGCUCGAGCAGCAAGCCUUACUUGGUCGUAACAACCGCUUUAAUAACGGUCCCCGCGGCUUCGGUACCCAAGGCAAGGGAGGCAAAACAGUGACGAAUUACGAAGUCCCCGACUCUUGGUUCGAGGACUACAGCGACUCGGAAGAAGAGCUCAGCUCUGACGACGAAAACCCAGGUCCUAUGCCUCCCAAGGGGCUGGGUCCCGGAGGAGCCAUUACCUCUCUGUUUCCCAAGAACGAAAUCGGUCCUUCUGCUCGUGGAGGUUUAGGAUUAGGCCCGGGAGGUAAGCUAGGACCAGUCCGAGACCAGAGGAUUUUGUCUGUGGAACAAUUCGUCAAGGACCGGCGUAUGACUCAAGACGACGAUGCCGACGAAGACGCCGAAGCCAAUCAGGCAAUAGCGAUGGUUCUAGGAGGUCCAGACCCCCCAAGACCAGCUGUUCAGACAGGAUUAGCACCACCACCUCCACCGCCAUCUUCAAAUGAGCAAGGUAAUUAUAUUUCUGGAGCUAAUGGAGGCAACACUGGCGUUCUUGAAGGCCCCCGACCUCAAGGACCCCCUGGUCCUUUGGCACAACCUGGUGCUGAUGGUGAGCAGCUAAAAAAAGAUGGCGUCGACACAAGUUCCAACACGAGUUCCAACAUGAUAGGACCUGAAGCUCCUCCUUCCGUCAGCGGCGCCUACUCUAGUACGACGUCUGCGCUUCCCUCCUCAAUCUCAAGUACGACCUCCACAACGAACACAGCCUCAACAACAUCUUCACCAUUUGUUCCCAACACGACCUCCUACAACAAACCUCCAUCCGGGACCUCUACCCGUGCUCUCCUUGCCCAGUUCACCUCCAGAACCCAGUCUCCUGCCAUUAGCAGACCCGGUGAAUUUCGACCAGGGCAACGACUUAGUGAUAUUGCCUAUGGUCCGAGCCGACCUGGUGCGCGCGAUCACGACUACCGAACCUCACAUACGCUGAAUGAACAAGUUGGAGGCAGUACGGGAAGCACGAGUGGAGGUGUUAGAAGUGCUAGUACUAGAGGGCCGACGAAGGAUGCGCAAUCAGGUGCUGGAAAUCCGUUACACUUAGCGAGCCCGUUGGGAAGCAUUGGGGUACUACUUCUGCAUACUUCUUGAUAAUUUUCAAUGGCAUUACUGGUGACAUGGACAUUCCAUUGAUUCAGAGCAUCAGGUACUCGAUAAACUGAAAUAAGCGAGUAACUACUUAGAAUAAGCGAGACACUGAAAGAAGAGCAACGUAGUGCCUCUUAUAUAUAUUUCAGUCAGCAACUAGGUUAUAAUUUCAGUUUUUCGUAUUCGUAUAGGUACUUGAUAGAUAAAAGAUCAACCGUCACUGCCCCAUUCAUUCAGAGCAUCAGUUAGGUACUUGAUAGAUAAAAGAUCAACCGUCACUGCCUCAAAAUUUACUCCAUAGAAAUACUGACUUUGAAACGUCCUAGGUAAAUCUCAUUAAAUUCCGUCUAUCCACACAUCAGCAUCCUGAAGAGCAGCCCAGUCCUCCGACGUUGCCCAUCGGCGGAGCACGAAAACGAAGUAUGAUCGAGAGCAGUUCUAGUGGCGUGGACUUGGAUGACGACCCUCUAACACACCAGUCUGCUCAAAGAAUAAAACGCGUCACACCGGAUACUGGCCAAGAGCAAAGCAGUCAUGCUUCAACGAUCUUGGAAGAGAUUAAAGAAGGGCAGGGAGAAGGGGGUCCAGAGCUGCAAGGUGUUGUAGCUGGCUCAAAUACAACAGGAGCCUCCUCGGGAGAAGAAGAGACUACGAGCCAGACUACGAGCAUCAUGGGUACAGGAGCCGCCACUUCAACGUCGUCGAUGUCCUCUAUAUUAGACGCACUGCAAAAGCAAGCGAACUCUUCAGGUUCAGCUUCACUAGCUUCCGUUCUGGACCUCGUGUCUCCAGAACAAAAGAAUGGCACAACUAUUCACGAGGCGGAUCCUCCAACUACGAGCGAAGCGGCAGGUACAACUGGAGGUACUAGAAAAAGCCUAGGAGGAGGUGAAGAUACAACGUCUCCAGUCUCGCCUAAAGAUACAGUAGUUACAGCACCUACUUCUGCUACCAAAAACCUCCAGUCACAAGAACUUCAACAGGAGCAAAAGCAAACGGCUACAACAACGACAUCUUCUACAACGACAUCUUCUCGUACAGGAUCCAAAGCGAAGAGUAUCUAUGACGAGUAUGACAGCGACUUGGAUUCGGAAGACGACGAGGAUAAAAGUAAAAAUAAAGACAAAAACGAUAUUAACGUUGUCAAUCAAGACAAAAAGCCCAAGCCGCCUACGGCAGGACCAGCGACAGGACCACCAUCAGCAGCAACAGCAGGAGCAUCAGCUUCGCCAGAGACGACUUCUGCAACAACGACGACGACUUCUGCGACACGAGACCAAGUAGAUAGGGAAGGCAGCCAAGAACGUGGGGAGAAUGAUCGGUCGAAACGAUUGAGAACGGAAUAAAGGUGGCACGUUGUGCGUUUGGCGAAAAUCAGACUUCUCUGUCUUGCGCAGCUGCUUCAGAUUCUUGUGUUGUAGCUAGCCAUAGGCGAGCGCGUGAGGUGUUCAAUUAUCAGGCUCUGAGAUUAAGAUUAUAGUGGAGGUUUCUCUUUCUUAAAUUCUUUUUCAUGAUCAGUUGAUGAAGAUGGUGAGUACUUCUGUGUUAUUAAGCUUAGGGAUAAGUAGUAGGUUAAGGCUUUUAUCAUGUAGUUAUAGGGAAUCGGAAAACACCAGUGGCCCAGCCCUACGUACUAGAGGAGGCAUCAAGAAUAUAUAGGGUCCUCGUGGAGGCCUUCUCAAGUGAAGAUUGAUUUCUUGUUUUUAAAGUGUUAGAGCCGUUUGACCCCAAGUUUUAGAUUUAAGAUGUAUUAUGAUUGAUUCCUGAAGAACUUGAACUUCUUUAGCAGUACUAGCAGAGGAUUAUCUUGCAUACGCACAAUUUUGAGACGCAUAGAUAUGCAGCUGAUUCCUCGUCUAUAUGGAAAAAUGUCAUGCUACUUCGCCAGGAGUGACGAGUAUCUAGAUGCAGAUACAGCGACGCCAGCACCUCGCUGCCAGUGGGAAUGAACAUGGUAUUGCGCUACCUACGGUCAUAAAUACUCACGGCCAUGACCAACCGCAACCCGCAUCAAGUCAGAAAUCGUUUGAAUCCACCAGAUAGCACCACAGUUUCAACAAUAGUCUCUAAAUAGUCUCGAAACACUACCAGCAGCACACUUCUUUAGUAUGCAGAUCAUUUAGAUUUAAAUAUCCGAUCCACCUCUUGCGUUUUUACAGAUUCCGAUGUUGAUGUCAUGUUUAAAAGUGAAGACAGGACGAAAACGACAGCAGGGAGAUGCACAUGCACACAACGCCUCAAACGGUAAGAGGAUUUCAAUGGACCACCGUAAAGCUUAU